ACUUCACUCUCUCCUAUGUCGUUCUUCUCUGUGAAUAUAUACAAGUGAAAUCACAUCGUCUUCUUCAAGCUACGUUUCUGGGUUUAAUCAUUUCUUGUUUUGGCAAAGAUGAUGCGAUCGGCGAUUCUUCGUUCGUUUCCUGUUCCUAUUGAAUCUAGUGGUAUCGUCAACGGCAAGGCUAAACUCGCGUCGCCGGCGAGAUGUUUUCCGGCGAGAUCCGCAUCGGAAAUACGGUGUUCGAGCACUAGACACGUGCCGAAGCUUGAACCCUUCAGUCGCGGGAAAUUGGAGCGUGUCCUUAGAGAUCCGCCAUUGAUCGAAAAGGUCGAGACCGAGCUCGCAGAUUAUUGUUCAACGCUUGAAGGAGACGAUUCCUACAGCUGUUGGAGAGCUUACUUUGAGCUUAAAGACCUUGAAAAAGAGAGCCCUAAGGAAGAAGUAGAAAAACUCAUCCUGCAAACCGGUGGCGUCAAAUCCCUUAUCGGGUGCGUCCACGGGAUCGCGACAAUGCAGAAGGAGAAGAAUACGAAGAACGGUUUCGGCCUAACGAAGCAAUCAGACACCGAGAAUGGCGGCAAAAUGCAUCUGCACGUCCCAGACGGAUUACCCAAGUCUAAAGUAGAGAUGGAGGAAGAAGAGAAGGCGAGGAUGCCGGAUUCCCCCUACACCAAAUUGCUCAGAACGAAAGGCAAGUUCCCCGCUUGGUUCUCCCCCACUCCCGACCACGAGACAGACUGAUGGCCAUGAGCGAAAAACCCUAGUAAGUUUACGUUCCUUGUUCGGCAAGUAACGAUUUCUGUAUAGAUUAGUGGUUUUGUUUUCUUGAAUUGGCUUGACGGUCUCUCCAGGGUUUUCACACGCGUUGUCCAUAAAAGCAUUGUAAUAUUUCAAUCCAAUUUCGUACUCUUGUAUACAAUUUCGUACACAACAUAACGAAUUUAGCUUCGAAAUACUUUUGGAUGGUUGUAAUGGCAUGUAAAUUUUUGGAUGAUCAAGAGCCAACCAUCUUCAUGUCUA